AUGUUCAAGCUUGAACCGAUCUCGACGCCCUCCUUCCUCAUCAUGGACGUCGACGAGGUCAACAUUCAUGGAGGCAGUGAAGAAUUUGACUUUCUCGACUCUGUCGAGGGGGAAAUAGCCCUUUUCCGCGCGGUGACGCGUGCAAGACCGGUCGGAAUCCAUCGUCACUUCCACGUUCUCACCAUCCGCAACUCCAUCUACGCGGACACCGGUCGACUCGUCCCUGUCGACGAUAUUUGGGCAAAGCUGCGGAGGUGCUAUGACUUGGAAAUCUUGGAGAACAUCGAAGCAGAUGGUUAUGACGUCCCAGGAGAAAGCAGCUCCCCUGCAGUACCCGUCCCUUCUCCUUCUCCUUCUGAGAACCUUGCAAUACAUCCUUUCUUCAGAUAUGAAUAUACCCUCCCUCCCGAUGCGUCUAUUGAUUCCCUCAUCUCCAAAAGACGAAUGCGAGCAACAGCUUCCAUCCCUUCGUCGUCGCCUGGACCGUCAUCAUCGCAUCACGACAAAUCGGCAGGGGGCGCGCGUCAAUCCAAAAGGGCAAAGACCAAGCUGAGAAAUAUGGCUGGCCUAGUAGGAGGAGACAGCGACAGCAGUGCACUCACGCAGGAGAGCGGAGACGAGAGUAUUAACCCCACCCCGCGAGAGAGUUAUGCAACUGGGACAGAUGGGGGCUCACAGUCCGCGGAAGAUGAGGAUGUAGAGAUGCGUGAACCAUCUCCAGUCCCAUCGACUACCACAAAAACGACGCGGAAGACGACUAAAUAUACUCGCAGAGGUAGUGGAGCAAGCAGGGGACGAGGUGGGUCCACAGCUGGUGCUCGCGGUAAGAGAAAAAAGAAGUGA